ACCGUGAACAGGUGUUCAUCUGAAAUCACAAAACUUGGCCACCACACCGUUCUUGCGCUCAGUCUUGGUGAUAGCCGGGGUGCAGUCAGGACGCACGGUAACGGACCGAAUAGGGACCACUGCGAUAAUCACAUGCAUUCUGUAGGACGGAACUGACAUAAUGGGGAAAUAUAAGAUAUCAUUUAAACAGAUGUUCUGUGUCCUCUCCAUCGUCUGUGGUUCGGUUAUCUGCUCGGGGUAUGUUUAUGACCGUCCCGAAAGGUCUGUAGAGGAGGCUGCUUCAUCAAGGACAGACACUCCCUCAGACUCCCCGUGGAUCAGCACGUCAGGAUCCUGCAAGAACAGAUGCUUUGAAUUGGACGAGGCUGAGCCUCCCAACUGCCGCUGUGACAACUUAUGUAAAACCUAUAACAGCUGCUGCCAGGAUUUUGAUGAGCACUGCUUGAGAACAGAGGGAGGUUUUGAGUGCAGUAAGGAGCGCUGUGGAGAGAGCAGGAAUGACCAGCAUGCCUGUCACUGUUCUGAGGACUGUCUGGCCAAAGGAGACUGCUGCACCAACUACAGAACUCUCUGUAAAGGGGACACUACUUGGUUGCAGGAUGACUGUGAAGACAUUAGAACCCAUGACUGUCCGGCUGGGUUUGUCCGUCCCCCUCUCAUCAUGGUGUCAGUGGAUGGGUUCAGAGCCUCCUACAUGAAGAGAGGAAGCACAGUGAUCCCCAACAUCGAGAAACUCAGAGCCUGUGGUACCCAUGCUCCUUACAUGAGACCCGUGUACCCCACCAAAACGUUCCCCAAUCUCUAUACUCUUGCAACGGGCCUGUACCCUGAGUCCCAUGGCAUCGUUGGCAACUCCAUGCAUGACCCUGUGUUCGAUGCCAACUUUAACCUGCGGGGUCGAGAGAAGCUGAAUCAUCGUUGGUGGGGAGGUCAGCCGAAGCCCCCCUCCCAUUCUAGAAGCCCCCCUCCCAUUCUAGAAGCCCUCCCUCCCAUUCUAGAAGCCCUCCCUCCCAUUCUAGAAGCCCUCCCUCCCAUUCUAGAAGCCCCCUUUCCCAUUCUAGAAGCCCUCCCUCCCAUUCUAGAAGCCCUCCCUCCCAUUCUAGAAGCCCUCCCUCCCAUUCUAGAAGCCCUCCCUCCCAUUCUAGAAGCCCUCCCUCCCAUUCUAGAAGCCCUCCCUCCCAUUCUAGAAGCCCUCCCUCCCAUUCUAGACGCCCUCCCUCCCAUUCUAGACGCCCUCCCUCCCAUUCUAGACGCCCUCCCUCCCAUUCUAGACGCCCCUCCCAUCCCUCCAUUCUAG